UGCUUUGUUUUCUGGCCUUAACGUUUUUUAGUUUGUUCUUUCCUGUCUUUAGAUAAGCCUGACGAUGUUCAUUUAACGACAAAUACAACAAACAAAGUUUGUGCAGGAAUCAUUAUAAACUUCACAUGCAGCGCUGAAGCUAACCUAGCAGUCCACACUUAUUUGCUAUAUGAAAAUGAUACUGUGAUUUACAAUAUGGGAUUGGGAACAGUGAUAAAGACAAUGGAAAAUACUGGCCAGUUUGUAUUCAGAUGUGAGGCCAAUAAUUCUGUCCAAGAUGGUGGAAGAAGCAGUGACACCAUCUUGAAUGUUCUUGCUCCUCCAGCUACUGUAAAACAGGCAGAAAAUAAAAUCGCCGUGGAAGGGACCGAUGUUGAAGUCUACUGUAAUGUAACCGGCAUUCCUGAUCCAACCGUUAUCUGGAGGAACGUCAAAACCUGUGAAAUUAUUGAGGGAAAUCUGUUGAACAUCACCAACAUAACUAGGGCUCAAACUGGAGAAUACAAGUGCACUGCAAGCAACACUUGUGGAGUGGACUCUACAAUGGUCAACAUUAAUGUGCAUUAUAAGCCUAACAAUGUUCAUUUAACCACAAAUACAACAAACGAAGUUUGUGCAGGAAUCAUUAUAAACUUCACAUGCAGCGCUGAAGCUAACCCAGCAGUCCAUACUUAUUUACUAUCUGAAAAUGAUACUGUGAUUUACAAUAUGGGAUUGGGAACAGUGAUAAAGACAAUGGAAAAUGCUGGCCAGUUUGUAUUUAGAUGUGAGGCCAAUAAUUCUGUCGGAGAUACUGGAACAAGCAGUGACACCAGCUUCACUGUCCUUGGUGAGCUCGCAAAACUAAUUUAG